CUCCGUAAAUCAUAACCUCAAUUUUCAGCACAACAACUUCCAAUAUAAAAGAAGAAUUCUUAUUUAAUUACAGGAAAACUAGAAUGUAUGAAGCCUAAUUAAAUUCUAAUAUUGCAAAGAAUCACAUUAUCAUGUUAGCUCAGUCGUUGCGUGUCUCUCUUGGUCUCUUACGACCUGAGAGUUCGCAAUUGGUGCUCGUCGCUGGCAUUAAAUACUUUCCACCACCGAAAAAUUAUGACCACAUUGAAAUACCGGAGCGUCAAAGGCUUCGUAUCUAUGAUAAGGUGCCAACAUAUCCCUCCAAUUUGAAGCCGCCGAAGAUGCAGAAGCGUCUUCGUUACAUGCGUGGUCCAGAGACAGUACACACCAACCUACAGCUGCAGCAAUAUGGCGUUGUUGCGACUGGAGGUGGCAGAAUGCGCUCUGAACAUUUUGAAAUGGCCCGUUUAGUUGUUGCGAGAAAGUUAGACCAGAAAAGAAUGUUUGCUAUAUGGAGAGUAGACCCACCAUGGCAGCCUGUCACCAAGAAGGGGCAGGGGCAACGUAUGGGAGGUGGUAAAGGUGCCAUUGAUCAUUAUGUCACACCCAUCAAAGCUGGCAGGAUUAUUCUUGAAGUUGGUGGCAAAUGUGAUUAUGCUGAGGUGUACCCAAUGCUGAAAAUAGUUGCUGAACGACUACCGUUUAAAGCUGAACCAGUUUCUCUGGAGAUCAUGCAGAAGAAGGCAGAAAAAGAGAAAUGGUUAGAAGAAAACAACCAGAACUAUUACACAAUGAAAUAUAUUAUUCAAAACAAUAUGGGAGGAUGUCACAAGAUGCUGUCGCCGUUUGACCAUCGCUGGUACGGCAAAUAUUUGUAAAUAAUCUUAUUAUAAGUAGCUGUAAUUAGUGAAAAUAUAUGUUUAUGUAAAAGUU